CAGGCCACAUAGGAGUCUGACCGUUUUAAGCUGAGUUGAAGCUCGGAUAUUAAACGCUCCCAAGCAGUGUGUGUUCUUUUCUUUUCUUUUUCUACGCUUCUGUAUCAGAGGCUUUGUACAGAAGAAAGACAGAAAGAAACUGGAAAGAGGAAGGGGAUGGAGGAACAAAUACUUCCCAAGAACAUCUCACACCUGCAUGACAGAGAGAACAAGCCGUCAGAGACCAAAAUGGUGGUAGAGAAGUCGACAACGCCAUCUGUGGCACAACUAGCAGGAAAAUUCCAAGAUAAACUACCCCUUUCUGGAAAGGAGAUGCCAGCCACUAAACCAACCCGGAGAAAGCCACCAUGUUCCCUUCCCCUCCAACCAGAUUUGGGCCAGAAUGGUGAGCUAAAGCCAUCUCCAAAUACUUCUCAUCCUGUAAGGGUAAAGAUCAAAAGCUCUCCCAUGAUUGAAAAACUCCAGGCCAACCUGGCAUUUUCUCCAGCUUCCCUGCUGCCAGGAGCGUCUCCUAAAAGUCCUGGCCUAAAAGUCUCUCCAUUUAGCAGCCCCCCAUCCACCCCCAUCAGUCCACACUGUCAUUCAGAUAUACCAGAUGAGACACCAGUCAGCUUUGAUCAGCCACCAGAGGGCGCUCCUCUUCAGUGUUACAACAAGAUACGGACACGAGGAUCAAUAAAACGCAGACCACCCUCUAGAAGAUUUCGAAAGUCACAGUCAGAAUAUGGAGAUGACCUAGAUUUAGGGGUAAGUGUUUCACCUCAAGAAAAUGGUGCCAAGGAUGAGGAGGGCAAAUUCACGGACAAGAGUAAGCCUACAAAAUCACUGUCUCACUCUGAAGAUGGCAUAGACCACCAUGAGAAACAAAACUGUACAGCAUCUGAUGAAAAAUCCCUGUCAGAUCCAGGGUCCAAUAGAACAGAAAGCAAAGAGAAAGAGGGAGGAGCAGAAGAAGUGACAUCAUGCAAAGACAGUAAAGAAGAGAAACCACAUCAGAACCUUUCAGAGGAAAAGCCAUGUGAGACCACCAAGGACAACAAAGAGAAGGGCCUAGAUCUUGACACUGCAAAGGACACAAAAAGAAGGUCGUGGAAGAGCACUUUGGGGGAUAGGAAUGAUGACAAUGCUUCUAACCAGGAAAAAAACUAUAAAGGAGAGAAGGGGGGUAAAUUAAGUGAGAGUAAAGACAGACAGCAGGUAUCAGACACACAAGACAAUGGGACUCCACAGCCUGCAGGAGACACAGAAGCUGAUGUGAGCACCAGAGUGUAACGCCAGUAUAAUCACUGUGCACAUAAUAUAUGGGAAACUGAGGUUAGGGUGGGGUUCCCACUACCGUGCUUACUUAUGAAUGAAUGAGCUGUCCCUUAAACGAAAAUCCCAAAGAUACCAGUGUUACCCCCUUUCUUUGGCAGUUCUUAGGCUUUUAUUGUGGCAAAUCUGGUAAUCUCUGAUGGAAGAUAGCUUGAUACAGACAAUGAACAUUCUAGGCUUCUCAAGCUGAUGACACACCAAGAAGAAUGGUAUAGAAAAUCCUUCCAUGUUGUAAAGGAAUGUAAUGGUUGCUGAGGUUUUUUCAACAUUUUUCAAAUGGAAAGAACUAUAAUGCAUAUUAGUAACAAUUCUGAUUAAAGUCGACAUUUCCAAA